AUGGCUGAAUAUCUCCUCCUUAUCAACUACGUCGAGGUCAUCAUCCCGCUCGUAUAUUCUUGUUACUUGAUCGCUACGUACCACAUGCCGAACCACGAAUACUACACCGUCUUUCAAGGGAUGGAUCACGCUCGACUGUAUCAAACACUCAAGAAUGUGCAGCUGUACUGCUUGUUUCAGCUCGUCUCGCUUCUUUUACUCAUGUAUAAACUGAAGUUCACGUUGGGGUUCCCACCGGUUCAGCACUUGGGAUUUGUCCUGGAAAACCAGAUCCAGUGGGUGCUACUUCACCUCACGUUCUGGAUCAUAUACAACGUACAAGGAUCGCUGGAGCACCUAGGUUGGUUGUAA